AUGAAAAAGAAUGAACAGUCCUUGGACUAUGUAGUGGGAUCAGUAUCAGCCAGCUUGUUUCCAAAGGAGUCUACAUCCAGCUCCGGAUCGUUAUCUGCAUUGUUCCAAGCUGCGCCAGUAGUUGACACUCUGUUCUUUGUUCCUGCUCCUAAGCCUGAACCGAGGAGCGUGGAGUUGAAGGAAGGUGCGGUCACAAAAGUCCCGAAACACCAGAAACAAACAAAGAAAGCCGCAAAGGACAAAUCAGCUGCAGACCUAAGUCUAGAAAACAGAGAAUGUGCGUUACAAAAUGCUGACGAAGAUGAACAGGUCCCAAAGAUGCCCAAGAAGACUAAAAGGAAAGCUGUUGAGAUGGGAGAAGGGGGUGUGACAGAGGAGGAGGAGAGGCAGACAAAAAAGAGGACUGGAGCCCAAAUUGCAGAGGAGAGGGUAAAGCAGAAACGAACAGUGUUUGUCGGCAACCUUCCUGCCAGCUGCACAAAGAAGACACUACAGCUUGUCUUCAAGGAUCAGGGAGCGAUUGAAAGCAUUCGAUUUCGAUCAGUGGUAAAUAUAAACGAAUUGCCAUUGCGACAGCUUGAGGAGUGUGGCAAGGUGGAGGGGGUGAGGCUGGUGCGGGACAAGAACUCUGGAAUGGGCAAGGGCUUUGGCUACAUCUUAUUCGAGAGCAUCGAUGCUGUCCAGCUGGCCUUGAAACCAGACGGCUCAAAACUCCUCGGGAGGUCGGUCCGGGUGAAGAGGUCAGUGAAGAAGGAGAAAGAAGAAGAAAGUGGUGCACAGAGGUCCCAGAGGGAAAGAAAGAGAUAUUAAGGGUGCAGGGAAGGAGCCUACCAAAGGGGGAUUUAAGGAGAGACCGGGCCAGGGCGGUCCCCAAAACAAGUCUUCCGGGAGGCCGCAGGGGAAGGGGCCUCAAAUCAAAGGGGAAGCCAUUCAAGAAAAGUCUAGGUGAGGCAACGAAAGCCCCCACAGGCCUCUCUUCCUUCAAAGGUGAGAUGGCCGACCCAAACAGAAAAAAAGCAAAGGCACUGAAGAAGAAACUCAAACCGAGGAAAAGGAAUCAGGUCGUACACAUUUGAUGGUCUGUGCUUUGUGCCUUUGGAUGUAAAUUAAUUUGAUAUUGUUAAAGCAGAUAAAAUGUGUUGUACAAUUAACAUGUCAGUGGAGCUAUAUCAUGAGAUGGUGUGUAAGCGUUCAUGACUUAACAUCCAUGCCUACCCACAUUUCCAGUUGAAACUGUUGUUUUUUAGGUUGGGGCUAUCACACCCAAUGUAUGUAAAUACUAACAUGUACAGCUGAAGUCGGAAGUUUACAUCAACUUAGUUUGGAGUCACUAACUCGUUUUUCAACCACUCCACUCGGCAAGGACAUCACUUUUACACAAGUAAUUUUUCUAGCAAUUGUUUAGA